AUGAAUGUGAAAUCUCACAAACAAAAAUCUCAUCAUCAUCAUCAUCAUCAUCAUCGGCGUCAUCGAACAUUGGACAAUGCGACACUAGAUCAAUUUGACUUUAUUUGUGUACCGUUGCAUUUGCACGAGUCACGAUAUGAUCCGUCAAAUUUUGUCUCAUUCGAACCAUUACUAUCUCGUUCUUAUUCAAAUUUAAAUUCUUGUAAUGUUCAACAACAAUCAUUACCAAAAGUUUAUACACCAACAAUUUCUCAUUCAUCAUCUCGUCGUGUACGUUUUAAACUCGAUAAUGAUAUUUUUAAUAAUAAUAUUUCUCCAAAUACAAAUGAUCUCUAUUCACAAUCUGUACAACGUCAUACUCGUUCGAUCGACGAUGUACAUUCAGCAUUAAAUCUAUCACCAUCAUGUUAUUCUUUUGACGAUAAUUAUAAUAGAAUGAAUCAACAAUCAAUGACAUCGUCAUUACCAUCUACUACAAAUUAUCAUUAUAGUGAAUAUAAAAUACCAAUUCGUCAAGAUGUCGAUACAUCUUACACCAAUACGGAAACUAUACCAACAAAACUCUCUUCACGUUCACUUACAACACAAAAAAUUGAUGUAAGCCGUCUACAGGGAAUUGCCCCAGUUAUUGAAGCAGAAUUAAAUUAUAAUAAAGAUGGGUCAACUGAUGAAAAAGGUCAAAAACAAUGGUAUCGUCAUAUGUACAAUCAUCUUCAUAAACCAGAUAUUAAAUCAGACGAUCACAAUAAUUAUAAGCCAACAUAUAAAUUUCCAGAAGAAUUUAAUGGUGAUAUUGAACAAAUGGAAGAUUAUAUAAGAAAAACAGCAUCUGGACAAUCAAGUUUAUCAGACGAUGAUAGAUGGAACCAUGCGAAUCAAACCAGUGCAAGUCAUAGAGAGAAUCGUAAUAAUGUGUCACAACAAAGUCAAUUAUCUCCAAAAAGAAAUAUUCAAUGUCAUUUAAAUUCAAAUGACAAUGAAUAUGAUAGAAGAAAACCGACUACAACAAUCGACGACUAUUAUUUAGAAAAUUCUUCAAUAAACAAUCAAGAUUCCAUAAAAUCGAAUAAUAAUUAUUCAUACAAUCUGUCACCAUUGAUGUCUAGUCCACAGUUAAAUUAUUUUACAAAUAAUGCAUCAAUGCCAACAUCAUCUAAUAAAAUGAAUGAUACGAUUAAACAUCAUUCACAACAACAUUCAUUGAACAAUGAUGACGAGCAAAAAAAUAUUUAUAAACGUGUAUUAAAAGGUGGUGAAAUACCAUCGUCCGGAUUACAAAAACAUAUUAAUGAUCGAUCGACAUCAAGAGUUAAUUGGCAACAACGACAAAAACGUUUAAUUAAUUCGAAUAAAUUAAAAAAUGAUUCUCAAAUGCAUUUUCAAAUUGAUUCAUGUCUCUAUUUUUGUCCUAAUCCCAUAUCUAAGACAGAUAAUGAUGAUGAUGAAACAUUUUUUCAUGAGGGAUGUGGUUAUACAGUUAUUUAUCCAAAAAAUAUUAGACCACCACUGUAUGAACAAGCAAAAAAAUUAAAUUUUAUUGAAAAAGAUCAACAAUUAACAAAUUUAAAUACAAUUAUCUUUCAAUAUCCUCAAAUAGCUGAUUAUUCAGCUGGUGGUGGUGAUACAUCAAAAGAUUUUGAUACAUCAGAAUUAGAUCAUACACCAUCAUUAUCAUUUGAGUAUAAUAAUCAUUUUGGUUCAAAUUCAUAUUUAAAUUUAAUACCAAAUAGUUCAACUAUUCCACGUCGAACAAUAUCUACACCAAAUUUAUUAAUAUCAUCUAAUAAAAUAUAUAAUUUUGAUAAAAUGAAUACUUUUAUUACUACAAAUGAGAAUCGUUUAUAUAAUCCCGAUGAAUUUUUACUUGGAUCCAAUGAUAUUUAUGAUCAACAAUCACAUAACGGUAAAAAUGAGACAACAACAGAUGUUGGUAGUAAUGAUAUCAAUGAAUUAGUACAAAUUGUUGAAAGUCAUAUUUCACCAACUACAAAAAAUACAACACUUGAUUAUAGAGUAACAUCAUCACCUCUAUUUACACAUUCUGAUUUACAAUCAGAUGCUACACGUUAUACUCCGGUUAUGGGCACAUCAGUUGCCAGACAACGACGACGAGACCAACAGCGAAAUGAUUCAGUAGAAAAUAAUACUAAUAUAAAUGAUUCAGUUACUCAACCUAACUAUCAAAAUCUUCGACAAAUAUUAGAUCACUCACCCUCUCCACCCAAUACAACAACAUCCUACGGUAUCGAUUCUAUUGUUGAUGCCAACAUGAUAAAUCCACCGACUAAACAGACAUUCAAUUCUAAACGCGAAUAUUUUGAGCAAAGAUCGAAAUAUGAUAAUUAUAAAGCGCCAAAGUACGAUUCACCAUCUCGAAUAAUAUCAUCUCCAACAAAUAAACAGAAUAUGACAACAAUCACAACAGCUAACAUUAAUACCGAUAGACAAAGUUCAUCAUCAAACGAAUCACCGUCCGUGGAUAAAGUUCUCGAACAAGCAGCCGAAUUGAAAUCUGUUGAAGCAAAGCGCUAUAAAACCGAAGAUGGUGAAAUUGUCGAAAGUGUCGGACCAUCGGCUAUUAUUGAACGUACAGAAGAAUAUCAAAUAUAUAUCGAUGAGAAAGGAAAUCAAAUUGGACGUACACCAGUUACGCAGAAGACGACAGUCAUUAGAAGUGGUCAUGCCACUGAUCUCGAUCAAGCAGCCGCUAUUAGCCGACAAUUACCAGGACAAUUGAAUGAUGAUCAUCAAGCGAUUCAAAAUCUCACCAGAGCUAUUCAGGAUCGCCAACGGCCAACGGGUGGGAUUGUUUCAACAACAACUACCACUACAACUAUUUCAUCAUCUACUGAAACGUCAAAGGAACCCGAACAACAAAUCAUUCGUUUGCCAUUGACAAAUAACAAUAGUAGUCUUGAAAAAAAAACAUCGAUAUCAAACGUUAUACCGAUACCGAACAUUUUAAAUGAUAAAACAAAUCUUCUAGCAACUGUAAAUGAAUAUACCGUCAUUGAUGCGUUAUUAAAUAAUCCUCUGGCUAUUAUCGAUCAACAACGAGAAAAAACUAAUUUUUUUAAUAAUAGAAUUCAUGAAAUUGAAACAAAUCUGAGAAAUCCUGAUUAUGUUGCCGCCCUAAAACAGUCUCAAACUACCAAAGGCAAACCGAAAAAAACAAAAAAGGAACCAAAAAAAAAAGAGGAAAAAGUUGAUAAGAGAAAAUCGUCGAAAAAUUCGAAAGAGAAACCAACUGAUGAAUUUGAAACUGGUUUGAGUACAACACCUAUUAUUAGUGCACCGGUUAAUAUAAGAAAAACAUAUCAUACGUUACCGGGACAUACAUCAACGUCUCCGACUCGAACCGAUACGAACUUCACUAGCUUACCGACGACUACAUCACCGUCCGUGUAUGAUGAUAAACGUGUAACAGCGAUUAGUGCCACACUUAUUUCGCCUCCUCCACCAGUUAUAGAUUUACCAGCAGGAAUUUCUGUUGACGAUAAAGCACCAUUAUUAGAUCCAAAAGAGAAAAAAAAGCGUGAUAAAGAAGAGAAAAAACGACAAAAAGACGCAGAAAAGGCGGAAAAAAACAAAAAGAAAUUAGCGGAAAAACAAAAAAAAUCGAAAAAGUUAACCAUCAAAGAUCAAAAAGAUUAUAGAGCGAUCGACGCUGUUAUAAAUGAUCCAAUAAACUCAUAUUUACCAGAUUCAUAUGUCAUAAAACAGGUGCCAACUAUAACGGAUCAUUCAGGUGCAGGUAUCACUUUACAACCAGGUGAGAAAUAUAAAGGUGAAACAGUCGAUUCCUUGGUAAAAAUUGUCAAUGACAUAUUUCUCCAUAGUGCAGCAGCACUCGUAGCAUCUUCAUCCUCACCAACAACAACAAAAACUCCGAGUCGUACAAUACGAUCUGAAUUAGUACAUAAAAAUCCUCUUUUAACACAAACUGGUGAUCAAACACAAAAUUAUCGAUACGUUGACGAACGCGGUAUACCAAUAAGGGGUUAUGACUAUAAAACAUCCUCAUACAAAGAUGAUAUCCGCUAUGUUGAUCAACAAGCAAGGCCAGAUGCUCAAUAUAUACGUUAUAUUGAUGAUCAAGGUACAUCACCAGUAGGAUAUCGUACUUCAGUCACUGAAGUCGUAAGACAGCAACCAGUUUUAUCACAUAUCGGCGAUGAUAAUCAAUAUAUUCGAUACAUUGAUGAACAGGGACGACCCGUAAAACAAUACUCAUCACGAAAUACUUCCAUAGAAACAUCCCCACGUGAAAUAAGUCGACAACAGCCGCAAGUAUCAUCAACCGGAGAUUAUAUUCAAUAUAUUAAUGAUGGAAGACCAGUUCAAGAUUAUCAGCCAGUAUCUAAUGCAGCAUUACCCUAUUCAUAUGAAUACAAUGCGCGUAAUGAUGAAUCAUCUUAUCAAAAUGAGAGACCUAAAAAUACUUCGAAGAUAUCAUCUCCGUAUUUUGAUAAUCGUACAGAGCAACGAAAAAUUAUCAAUGAUUAUAUUGAUGAUCGUGAUAGAAGAUCUAUACCUCAAGUAGAAGAAAAACGAUGGGAAGGUGAGAAAAAAGUACCGACUACAACAAAACGUGAAGAUAUUGAGUUACUCGAUAAACGUAUUCCUCAAUAUAGUGAACAAAGAAAUAUAUCAAUACCAAUCGAACGAGAGUCAAAACAAGGAUCCAGACGAUCUCAGGAACAAAUUCAACCAAACAAUAAUAUUAAACUUGCAUGGUUACCGUUGAAUCAUGCUGAACAAAUACCAACAGGCUAUGAAACAGACUCAACCAUUAGUGAACGAUCAUUUCCUCCUCAACACAUCCCCAUUAUUCCUUCGGCCAGACAAACGUAUACUCGUACACACUACCAACCACCACCAUACGUUGAGUCAUCUCGAUACAUAGAUCCCUAUUAUCGUCGAUCAUAUACAACAAGACCUAUUGAUUAUUAUGAUUCUUAUUAUGCAAGACCUGCGUAUGGCGUUCAUCGUGGAGGAGCAUCGUAUCAUGGUAGAGGCAUAUCACCAGAAUACGGCACUUCAACACGUAAUUACAAUUUAAUUGAAGUAUUUCGCGGUGGAGAUACGAGACCUAGUGAAGUCUAUUCAGUACCACUUUCUGAUUCAUUAAUGGUUCCACCUCCAGUGUCAUCAUCCACAAACAAUAAUCGUUCUUCACGCUAUGAUCAAUAUCAUAAAGGAAAAUACUCGCCUACCGAUCGCCCUUAUACAGAAGGAAACUCUUAUUAUUCAUCUACGUUACCGUCAUCGUCAACAACAAAUAACAUUCGCUAUACAACAUUACCAAUUUCUCGUUAUCAAAGUCAUAUACCGACACAGUACUCUGAUUAUAGUGAUCGAUAUGGUUCAUCUUAUUCACCAUCUCAUCCAGUUGAACAACAUCAUUCGCCGAGUAGACGUCCAUAUUACGACAGAGAAGGAUAUAUAACUCCAUUGUAUACACCAACAUAUAAACAACAACAAUAUCAACGUUAUCCAGUUGAUAAUAAUAAUCAUAUUGAAAAUUAUUUAAGACAGUCUAAAAGUGCUACAUUUGAUUAUAGACCAUUAAGAAGUAAAUUACAACGUGAACAUAAAAUAACACCAUCGUUGCUUGUUGAUGAAAAAUGGGAUCAACAACAUGUUGAACAAGAACCAUUUCGUUAUAGACCAUCAAAUAUUAAUAAUACUAAUGAUAAUAACAAAUAUUAUACGACAGAUCAAUCUUUAUCAGAUAAAACUCAAACUUUAAAUAAUCAAAAUAUCUAUAGAAGAAGUGCAGAUGAUGAGAACAUUCAAUAUCGUUCUCAACGACAUCAACAGUCUACGCAAAAUCGUGAUCAGAGUAUGUCAUCACCUGAUGAUGUAUUUAGUAAUACUCCUCUAUCAUCCACAGUAGGAGGAAAACAUUUUGUUUCAAAUAUUGGAUCACAUGAAGAGACAAUAACAAAUAAAAAUAUUAAUAUGAAUUCGUCCACUAAUGUACAUCCAAAAGACUAUCAUCAAUACACAGUCGAAACAACAUUGCCAACAUCUCGUAAUAAUACAUCAUCAUUGCCAAUGACAUCACCAACUGUGAAAUGA